AUGGUUUUGGUCCAGGGUGAGACACCGACGCCUCUACGACAAUUUGGAUUAGAGCCCGCAGACAGUUCAAGAGAAGCGCGUAAAAGCCCUUUUUUUACUGGCAAUGAUCGCUCACUGCAAGAACUAAAGCAUAACAUCAAUGAACUUGAACGGAUGCGAGAGACGGAGGAUAACAACAACGUUCGUACACCUACGAUGGAAAGUUUUAUUUCAUCACGAGGCGAAAAGGUUGUAUGUGAAGAGGUUGCCGAUGACAUGUCGUAUAAAAUUCUGGAGAAGUCAUCUUCUUCGCCGAUAUCCGAACUGCCCGACCUCACCCCUUUCCUUAAGAAUAGUAAAUUAGAGGAUAAAGCCCCCGAAAAGCUACGGAAGAGGGUGGAUGCAGUUGUUUCGCCCCUUUUGAAACCCCCAAAAGAAGGCUUUCAACGGAUUCGGCCAACCCCGACGCCACCCCGCCACCCACUGGAUGUUAUUCAAGAGAAAAGCGAUCCCCCCAAGAGGGAUUCUCCAAAUGCAGUAUCAUCUCUCCUUGACACCCCCUCCGAGCGCAUCAGCGUUGAGGUGAAGGAGCUGGUGGAGCGAGCGCAGAUCGAGGUUCGCCGCACCCGCGAGAGCCUUUUGAACUAUUUGUCAACUCACAAGAAAACCGCCCUUUCUAAUAAAGACACAGCUGCAGUGAACGAUCCUGUGAGUUUCGAUCUUUCAGCCUUUAUUCAACCUAUUGGAAAGCACACGUUGGAAAUCGAGCGUGGGGAGGGGGUUGUACGGCGUCGUUUGGAGCCUGACAAGCUUGCUGAGGGUGUAAAUGAAAAACCACUGCCAUUGCUGCUUGGUUCCACCUCUGAGAUCCGAGUGCGCCUGCGCGAGAACGCCGGACGGAUUCUUCGCCGCCUGCAAGGUUACGACCGACGUGAUCAUGGAGUUUUGCCGAUGGAGGUUAUUAUUUCGGUCAUCUUCAGCAUCUUACACCCGCAAUGGCGAGGUUCCUCCCCGGAAAGAAGGGGCAAUCCUUUUGAGAAUCGUGGUAGCAUUUCAGAAGCAAUGCUUUCUCCUCCUCCUGCUCUAUCCUUUCAUCAUCAGGAUUUCAAGCAAGAGGAGCACACAAAGCGCCUUCGCGGAGAAUUGAAAGCUGCAGGACGUUCUGCUACGGUGUUAUCGCCUACACGGACGUUGGAGCAAGUGAUGGCGCGCUGUGCAGACCCUAAAGAAGAGGCCAUGCUGGACUUUUACCAGGUCUUUUUAAAGGGAUUUCAGGAGGUGUUUGGGGAGCGCUACGCGUGGCGGCAUCUGGGCGUUACGAAUGCCAGUCGGCAUGACAUAAUGACUCUUCCCCUAGCAAAAGGAAAGGGGGAUGGACGGUGUGGUGCCAAUAACAAAGGAAAUUAUGGGAGAAAGAUCGUAGAUUUGAACGAUAUAGAGGGAUCCUUAGAGGAAGUUUUCCCGAGGUUGCGGCAGCACUAUUCAUUCAAGAGUGAUAGUUCAGGGAGGGCCGUAGACCCGCGCCGACCGCCUCCUUUGGAUACACUGGUCUAUUAUAAACGUUUAAUCGCAAGUCUAGAGGAGCUCUGA